AUGGUCUCCUCUGAGGUGCUCGGCGAGUAUGUGAGGGAGUACGCGGCGUCGCGGUUGCGGGACCCCGUCAUGACUAGCUCUCUGGGUAGCUCUCUCGCCUUUCUCGCGAUUAUGUAUGCCACAUCGAGCGGGCGGCAGCUGGCCAAGGCAAUGCCACCACCAUCGAUACGAGGUCUUCAUGGCACCAUCGAGCGCGGCAACUCUGGAGACGGGGGACGAAAUGGGAGCAGCCCUGCAUCCGUGUUGCAAUCGAUGCCUACGUCGCCGCACUCUCCAGUUCCGCGCGCUGGUGCUCUGUCUUCUGCCAUCCCCUCUGACUCCACGGCUGCCGCUGAGCCUUACAGCGAACAGGUCAGCCAAGAGAGGUCUGUGCCCCAACGCUUUAUGCAGCUGCUCCGCGUGGCGAUUCCCAACUACCACGGGCGCGAGGCGCGGAGUAUCUACAUUAUCUUCGUGAUGAUACUCGCCCGCGCCUACGUGUCGGUGCGCCUCGUGAGUGUCAGCGGACUGGUAAGCCGCUCGGCAAUCGAGGGCAACCUGCGGCACGUCAUGCGUGCUCUGGUGGUAUUUGCCGCCACCUGCGUGCCAGCCACUCUGCUACAUGUGACGCUGGAUUACUACUCGGAGCUGCUGGGACUGCACUUCCGCGACAACCUCGCCACGUACUUCUCCGACCGUUACCUGAAGCACCGCGUCUUCUUCCAGCUGGCGGGUCUGCAUGGGGUAGACCGUGUGGACCAGCGCAUCACCGAGGAUGUGCGCAACUGGUCGCGCGUGGUGGCGACCCUUUUCACCGGCAUUCCGCGUCCGCUGGUUGAUGCCAUCGCCUUCUCCUUCACAUUGGCGCGGCAGACGGGGUGGAAAGGGACGUUCAUGACAUGGUCCUACUACGUGAGCUUUGCCGUGUGGGUAGUCUGCUGCGCCCCGAACCUCGACUUGAUGGUGCAGCAACGUAUGACGAAGGAGGGUGAAGUGCGAGGGGCACAUCAGAGUUUACUGACCCACGCGGAGGAGAUCACCGUCACGAAGGGGUUUCGAUUCUAUGAGAAGCUGCUGCAGCGCCUCUUCAAGGCGGUAACGGACCAGUCGCGCUACGCGGCCUACGUGCAGUCUCGCUUCAACUUCACUGAGGUCCUGCACAACAAGUAUGGGUCAGUGCUGGUGGGCUACGUCGUGUGCUCCAUGGCUGCGAUGCACCAGAGGAACGUGGCGAAGACCGCCGAGGCGGCAACGGCGACGCUGACGUGUGCCUCGUACACGUUCAAGACACUCGCCAUUGCGAUUGGGAAGUUCAUGUGGAACAUUAAGUGGGCCUUUGUCGCUGUGGGCUACACACGCCGACUGGCACAGUUGCUCAAUGCGCUGGACCAUGCAGAUGUGCUGGUGAAGAUGCAAACGGAUUGCACUGCGCAGUCCCCAGUUGUACACUCCCCCCCUGGCACCCUUUCGAUGCGCGGUAAUGACGGGAAGCCCAUGGUGAACUACGCGGGCUCUUUCGGCCAUAUCGUGCGUGGCAACCACAUUGAGUUCGUCGACGUCCCUCUUGUGCUGCCCACUGGCGAGUGCCUCUGCAACUCCAUGUCGUUUUACGUCAAGCCGGGGAUGAACCUACUCAUUAUUGGCCGCAAUGGGUGCGGCAAGUCCUCCACCUUCCGCCUUCUGGGUGAGCUCUGGCAGUUGCGGGGUGGCCGUAUCGAGAAGCCGGAGGCGGAGCAGCUGUACUACGUUCCGCAGCGGCCGUACAUGUACGACGGUACGUUGCUCGAGCAGGUUAUCUACCCCCUCAAGAAGAAGGAUCUCACCGUCGGUGAGGCCGAACUGUACGGCUACUUGCAGAUGGCGGGGCUGGACUACGUUUUCACCAAGUUGAACAUGUCGUGGGAGACACGGCUGGCAUGGAGAGACGGCACCCUCUCGCUUGGUGAGCAGCAACGUCUUGCCAUGGCCCGCCUCUUCUUUCACCGUCCGCGUUUUGCCAUUCUCGACGAGUGCAGCAGUCUUGUCGACCUCGACGUGGAACGGCAGAUGUACGACCGCUGCGUCGAGCUCGGCAUCACUGUCAUCACGAUUGCGCACCGUCGCAGCGUGUGGCAGUACCACAACUGGAUUCUCUACUUUGACGGUAAUGGCGGCUACAUGUUCUCGCCGCUGCAGUACGAGCCGGGCGUCUCGGCCUUGGUCCUAACGUCCGUGCGAUCCGCGUCGGAUUCGUCGCUGAUCGGUACGGAGGUGUGUUUACCCAUCACGGACCGUCUGUGUAGCGAGGAUGCAGCGGCGGCGGGAGUGGAGGGGCAGCCGGCGCAGCUCAUUACGACAACAGGGAAAGCAGAGGCCCCGAAGACGCCGAGGGAAGAGGCGUCGGCAGAGAAGGCAGAGGCGGACGGUAACGGCGAGCGCACGCACGGGUCGCCCAGGUGGUCGCGACGCAGGCGCUUUCACAAACAUCACGCCUCAGGAGUCAACAAGGCGGUUGUUUUUGAGACCCCAGCGGAGACCGACGGAAGGGCGUAG